CUCUUCACACACUCUCCGUGCGCUCAGCCCCAUUACCAGCAGCUCAAGACCCUCUUCUCAGAGAGGCCGGAGCACAAGGAGAAAAUGACGGAGGUACUGACGCCGGAGCAGAUCACGGAGUACAAGGGCAUCUUCGAGAUGUUCGACGAAGAAGGGAACGGCUUAGUGAAAACAGAAGAUCUAGAGAGAUUAAUGAGCUUGAUUGGAAUCAACCCUACCAAGAGAGAGCUGGCGACGAUGGCCAAGGAGGUAGACAAAGACGGUAAAGGUACUCUUAACUGUGAUGCGUUCCUGGUCCUGAUGGGUAUUUACCACGAAAAGUCCAAAAACCAGGACGAAGAGCUCAGAGCAGCCUUCAAGGUCUUUGACAAGGAGCACAAAGGCUACAUUGAGUGGGACACGCUCAAGUACGUGUUGAUGAACGCUGGCGAGCCGCUCAACGAACAGGAAGCUGAACUGAUGAUGAAGGAAGCUGACAAGGACGGAGACGGAACCAUUGACUACGAAGAGUUUGUGGCGAUGAUGACCGGCGAAUCCUUUAAACUGACACAAUAAAGCCUAUUGGAAGAGAAA